GUGUUAGCUAGAUAAAGUUUUUUUUUAAGGAUUUGCAUUUGCAUACAAGACACUAAUUCUGGCAAUGAAUACAUUUAAAAUGCAUAUUAGUUUUCAGUAUGUUUUUACUGUACAAAUACCAAAAAAAAAAAAAACAUCCUGAUUUGAAAACGUUUCAAUGAUGGAAUCGACUGCAUCUGGACACACGAUUGAUUCUCAAAUAGAAACUUUCGCCGCCCAAUGAAUCAUGACUGAUUAGUUUGAAAUAUACAACGUUUUUGUGUAGUGAGUCUGUUUUUUUUUUUUUUUUAAACAAAUUGUUAAAACAUAUAUGCAACAAAAUUGCCUUACAAUUCUGUAAUUUUGGAAAGUUAACUUAGGCUUACUUCAAAUGUAAUACUUUUAUUUGUCCUUGCUGCUGCUGCUCACCUCAUUUGUUUCUAUGUAGGUAAGAACGUGUUUUGUGAGACCUGUUUUGUAUUGUUUGAUAGAAAAAAGAAAGAAAAAACUUUUUCUGCUAUCUGGUCUGUCAUUGCACAGUGUUGUGGGGAAUAAUAAUGUUUAACACAAGACAGCAGAUAUUUCUUUUUAGAUGUUGUAGGUAUGUAGCUAUUACAUAAAUAAUUACCAUAAUGAAAAUAUUUAAUUUUCUUCAUUAUUAACUCACUGAGUUUACAGAAAUAGACACGCCCACCUGUAAGCGCGCGUGCGUGUGUGCGGGAGCGCGCCUUUAUCAGUACACGCGUGUGCGCGCUUAGUCAGUGUGUCAUGAUGCUGCCGGUGAGUUUACACGCGGAUCAGAUGAUCGGUUGUUCUGUGAUUUGGAGACCGUGGGAUCCGUCACUAAGAGAAACACAAUGCAAUAAAGUGAUGUGUGGAGAUAUGAGGAGAAUCCAGCAGUCUGAAGAGACUUUUCAUCAUCCUGUGAGGCUGUUCCUGCCCAGAUCCAGGAUGCAGGAAUAUUUGUCUCAUCUCGGCAGGAAGGUUUUGGCCAGUUUUCCAGUUCAGGCCACGUUACACUUUUACAACGAUGAAGACUCGAGCUCUGAUGAAGAUUGUGACUGAUUCAAACCAACAUGAAGACAAACAAAGACUCGUAAUCUUGUGAAAUCCAGAGCAACCGUUUACAUGAACUCCACUAGUGUGCACUGGUCAUCUUCACUGUGAAGUGUACACUCAUCAGGAGGCAGAACACUGUUAACGAAACACAGACAAGAUGAGCACCUUAGAAAUACAGAACGACAGGUCAGGUCAUGCUCGGACCCCAUCAAAGACAGGACCUGACCUUUGACCUAAAGAGGACUCUCAUUCCCUCCAUCACGUUGUGAACAUUUAAUCUUCAAUUUAGACAUUUCUGAUGUGUUUAUUCAAUAUUACAUGUAAUUGCAGGCAUAAUAUUGUUUUGAAGGCUACUGAAUGCUUUUCCUGAUAACCCUAAUAAUGUUUUAUUUGUGUGUUACUGCUGGAAUUAAUGUACAGUUGUUUGUAUUUUCAUUGUGUAAAUCUAAAUCUUUUGAAAAAUUGAAAGUCAAAUCAUUAAAGAUUUCUCAAUAUGCUUUCAUUAACAGACUAUAUUGCACAUUUUUGAAUAUUUUAGAAAAUCAUUAAUUAAAUCAAUAUUCCUUCCAGAGAUGGGAUGAUGUGUAACUUCAGGUGUUUGAAAAUAUUGCAUAAAAUACACAAAAUAAUAAUGAACUAACAAAAUUAUUUCAUAAGAGUUAACUAACAAUACAGAAAAAACAGCAGUUACACUUCUGAACGUUCUUGUUGUACAAUAUAAAAUCAACACAAAAUUGUAUAUAUUACAAAUGCUUAACAUGAAUGCACAUAACUUCUUGAAGUGAUGCCAUUACAACAACAUGAUCAAAGAGAAACUGAAAAACUUGUCACCAAUAGAAUCCAGUUUGUUCCAAAAUCUCUGAACGGUCCAGUCUGUAUACACAAACAUGGACACACAGGGCAAGGCAGGAAGGGUCACAGGGUCACAGGUUAAAUGGUAACUGGCCACCCGACACCAGCAUGUUUACUCGUGAGGGUUAUCUGGAGGCAAUGAUCGCCACCUCUCACCUGUCCACAGGUACAGACACAA